UUCACCGUUUUACUCAUGAAUCAGGAUUCUUCUCCACUGGAUCAACAAGUAAACUGUAUAGACGCUGGAGUCGACAUGGACUGAAGUCCGUCGCAUAGUUUCGACCAAUCAGAUUAUCUCGAGGGGGUCGGGCCCGGCAUGGCGGAGGGCGAGGAGGCCAUGAGCCAGGAGGACUGGAAGGAGAAGUGCGUGGUCCUGGAGGCGCUGCUCAUGAAGUUCAGAGUGCAGAUCGUCAAGAUUCGAGAGCUCACCGCCGACAAGAUUCAACAAUUGGAGACGCAAGUGAUUGAUGCCGAAAAACGGGCCUUCACCGCUCACCAGCAGGUGCAGUGGAUGGAGGAGAAGCUGAAGGCCCCCGACAGUCAGUCGGGAGACUCGGAGGUGCGUCUGUUCCGGCGGUGCCAGGAGCUGCAGGCCCUGGUGCAGGACAAGGAGGAUGCCAUCGCCCGGCUGGAGCAGCAGCUGGAGGAGCAGAAACAGAUCCGACAUCAAGACGCCAAAACGGUGGAGGAGAAAGCAGCUAAGAUCAAGGAAUGGGUGAUGCUGAAGUUGUCAGAGUUUGAGGUAGAGAACGCGGCGUUGAGAGAAGCCAACAAGCAGCAGGAGGCUCAGAUUGGGGAGUUGCAGACACAAGUGCAGUCCUUCGAGCAGAAGAGCAGCGGUGGGCGAGGCGUCCUGUGCAGACCAGGUGAGGCCCAGCGUCUCAGCAGCCUGACGUUCGGCUGCUUCCAGGUGAGGGGGAAGAGCCCCCAGGUGCUCACUGGACCGGCACCCUGCCAGAGGACCCUCAGCACCCAGGGGGAGACGAAGGACAGAGACGCAACCGAGAAGGGCGGCAAGCAGAUAGCCUCCUCGGGGACAAACGGUGAAGUCCAGAGACCGGAGCAGACCGGACCUCUGGAGGAUGACAGUGCAUCUGAAAGCCUGGAUGAGAGCACACGUGGACCCGAGUCUCGUGGCAUCUCCUCCGUGCUCUCCAGCGCUGCAUCAGACGGAGAAGGAGGAGGAGGAGGAGGAGGAGGAGGAGGAGGAGGAGGGGGAGGUGGUGGUCUGGAGUUCAGCCGCCCCGGCAGUGAGACCUACCUGACUGCUUCGGACGACAGCAGCUCUCUGUUUGACGACGACAUGCAGCGCUCUGAGAGGCCCGGCUUCGGCCUGCUGGGGUUGCCGGAUGGGAUGCUGGGAGGGUGUAAGGAAGAAGAGGAGGAGGAGGAGGAGGAGGAGGAGGAGGAGGCACACAGGGCCAAGCUGGAGGACCGCACCUCCGAGGAGCUCAACAAACGCUUCCAGUCCCAGCGACUCGACUCCUCAUCCUCGUCCGGCGAAGCCAAUACCCCCAGCCCCAUCUUCACACCAGCCCUCACCCCUAAACGACCCAACCCGCCCCAGGACCCCAGGGAUAACCCGGCCUCGCCCAAGCAGCCCCGGCUGCGGACCCCGGCGGGCUUCGGGUUGACGAACGCGGCUCUGGCCAAGAGACACCUGAGCCAGCCCUCGAUCAGCACCGAGGCCGCGCACGGGCGAACGCGCAACGCUCUCAGCAUGCUGCGCCCACUCCGGCCACAGGAAACGGACCUCGACCAGGAGCAGCAGGUUGGCAUGGAGACGGGCAGGGACACGCCUCCUCAAGGCUCACGGGCUGGGCCUCUAUUUCCAGAUUUGCAGACCUCAACUGGUCCACCGGAACCUGGUCCGGAGAUCAGCUGUGACAGCUCAGCUCCCCCUACACCCCCCUUACACAGGCUGCCCUCCUGGGAGAGUCGCAUCUAUGCUGUGGCUAAAUCGGGAAUCCGUCUGUCUGAGACGUCCUGCACGGACCCUGCUAGCAAAGACCCCUCCCUCCAGUCCUCCUAUCCCGCCUUUGUGAUGUACACGUCCCUCGUCUAUAAGAACAUGACAGCUCCGGUUUACACCACUCUGAAGGGGAAAGCUACCCUGCUGAGCAGCAGCCCGUUCUCAGACGAGUCAUCCAGCUCCGAGGAGUUGUCCAGCUCGGGGGAGGAGGACGGCUCCCUCUGCAGCUCCCGCGCCUCCUCCAGCUCCCGCAAGGACGGCAGCCCGCGCUCCCUCAAGAGAGCUGUGUCCAUGUCCUCGAUGACAUCAGAGAGCGACUACGCCAUCCCUCCCGAUGCCUACUCCACCGACACAGAGUGCUCUGAACCGGAGCAGAAGCUCCCAAAGACCUGCUCUUCAGCCGGCGACAACGGCAGGAGCGAACCGAUGGAGAAGUCCGGCUACCUGUUGAAAAUGGUGAAGACCUGGAAGAAGACUUGGAAGAGACGCUGGUUCGUCCUCAAAGACGGAGAGCUGCUCUAUUACAACUCACCCAGCGACGUGAUCAGGAAACCUCAGGGUCAGAUCGAGGUCAACGCCACCAGCAGCAUCGCCCGCGGAGAGGGAAAACAAGUCCUCCAGGUAGUGACGGAGAAGCGCGUGUACUACCUGAAGGCCGACUCCCCCAACCUGCUGGAGGAGUGGCUCCGGGUGCUGCAGAGCGUGCUCAGGGUGAAGGCUGCCAGUCCGCUCUUCACCCAGCCCGAUAUUCGCCCCGGCAUGAAGGGACUGCUCGUCAAGGUGAAGCACGGCUACUCCAAGCGGGUUUGGUGCGCUCUGAUUGGAAAAACCUUGUACUAUUUCCGCACCCAGGAGGACAAGUUCCCCCUGGGUCAGAUUAAGCUGUGGGAGGCCCGGGUUGAGGAGGUGGACAGGUCGAGGGACUGCGGUGACGACCUAAAGGCGUGUGAGCGGGGCUUACAGACGGCCCCUUUCACCCUCGCCGUCCAUCCACAAGAGCAAGGGCCCACCUACCUGCUCAUCGAGUCCCGCCACGAAAAGGAUUCGUGGCUCUACCAUCUGUCGGUGGCAGCGGGCACCACAGUGGGGAAAGUCGGCACUGAGUUCGAACAACUGGUGGGAAAACUCUUCCAACUGGAUGGAGAUCCAAACUCCCAGAUCUGGAGACAUCCCAUGUUGUGUUUCAGUAAGGAAGCCCUGUUGUCUCCUCUCACCACCCUGCCCUCACAAGCUCUGCAGACCGAGGCCGUUAAACUCUUUAAGACUUGUCAGCUUUUCAUCAACGUGGCCAUCGACGCUCCGGCCAUCGACUACCACGUCUCGCUGGCCCAGAGUGCUUUGCAGGUGUGCCUGGCCCACCCCGAGCUUCAGAACGAGUUCUUCUGCCAGCUGAUCAAGCAGACCCGGAGGAGGCACCUGCAGGGCCAUCCGGGUCCCCUGCAGGGUUGGCAGUUUCUAGCCCUGUGUGUCGGACUGUUUCUGCCUCAGCAUCCGUUCCUCUGGCUGCUCCAGGUUCACCUCAAAAGACACGGAGACUCCAGGACGGAGGUGGGUAAGUAUGCCAUCUACUGCCAGCGCUCCAUGGAGCGGACCCAGCAGAAGGGCGAGAGGCAGGUCAGGCCGUCCCGUAUGGAGAUCCUGUCCAUCCUACUGAGGAAUCCCUAUCAUCACUCCCUGCCAUUCAGCGUCCCUGUCCACUUCCUCAAUAACACCUACCAGGUGGUGAGCUUCGAUGCUUCGACCACAGUGGACGAGUUCCAGUGUCGCCUCAACCAGGACACCGGCAUUAGGAAAACGGGGUUAUCUGGUUUCAGCUUGUACACCGACGACCCCACCGGACGAGAGCUGGAGCACUGCCUCCAAGGAGGCAUCAAGGUGCACCUUCUAUUCAUGCGAUGGUUGUUUUUUUUAAGAUAUAGGCAGCCUUGGUUUCCUCGAGUUAGCGAUAAUCUGUCGCCUUCAUGCCGCCCGCAGAUUUGUGACAUCAUCUCCAAAUGGGAGCAGGCUUCUAAGGAGCAGCACACUGGCAAGUCUGAAAACACCAGGACGGUCCGCCUCACCUACAAGAGCAGGCUGUACUUCUCUCUCCAGGUCAGGGGGGAGUCAGAGAGGGAGAGGCUGCUGCUGGCUUAUCAGACGAAUGAGGCCAUCGUCGCGGGACACUUCCCUGUCAACAAGGAGCUGGCUCUGGAGAUGGCUGCCCUGCUGGCCCAGGUGGAGUUUGGGGACUUUGAGCGUCCCUUCUCUGCUCCUGGACCAGCCCAGACCAAGUCUACCCAAACCCUGAAGCAGGUCCUGGACAGAUUCUACCCGAAACAUUACCGCAGGACCACGUCUGAGGAGCAGCUCAGGCAACUGCUGCAGCGUCUCUCCGCCCGCUGGGCCUCCCUCAGGGGUCGAAGUUCCUCUGAGUGUGUGAGGAUCUACCUGACCGUUGCCAGGAAGUGGCCUUUCUUUGGUGCCAAAUUAUUUGAAGCAGAGUCCAUCACUCCGUCUCCAGAGCAGGGUGCACGCGUUUGGCUGGCGGUGCAUGAAGACGGUAUCAGCGUUCUGGAGCACAACUCUGUCAAGCCGCUGGCGUCCCACUCGUACAAGAACCUGAUGACGUUUGGGGGCUGCAAGCAGGACUUCAUGCUGGUUGUCGGACAGAGCAUCGGUGGCAACGCCGGCAAAGACAAACCCACGGAGAAACACCUGUUUGCGACUGACGCCUCAAAGAUAAGAGAGAUCACCCUCCUCGUCUCCAGUUACGUCAACAGUGCUCAUCAGCAGAAGGCCGCCGCCCACCACCUCUCCGCCCCGGCCCUGAUGGUGGCGCAGCCCGUCAGUCUGAAGAGCAAAGAGCUGAGGAGCAAGUCCCCGCCGGCGUUGGGACGCCCCAGCAAGACCCCCACGCUGCUGUGACGGCAUGGAAACUCAAACUCUGAGAAAUCUUCAGUGAGCUGAGCUGCCUUUUACCUAAUUUCAAUUUGAAAGAUGAAGGACUCAUUCACGGCUGCACUCGGCCUGAUUCCAUCGUCACGCAGCUCCUCUUUCUUGUCAGUCCGAUCCUGUACAUUUAUCUCACAUGGGCUGGAUUCAUUUUUGGUAUGUGCAAUGUUCACUUCUCUGUCUGCCGGAAGUGAUAAGCACUGUCAACCCAAACCACGAGUGCUCAAUCCAAAUGAGUUUAGGCCUCUCUCUCUCUCUCGCCUGUUUGGUAUCUUUGAUAUCUGUCGCAGCAUUUUGCUGAUAUCUCCUGAAAGACACUAUUUAUUGACAGACUUCUGAUGUCUCGCUAAUGUCUCAAUAAUCUAUCCGUGCUGUGCGCCACAUUUUCCCUGUUUUGUAGAGCUGCUCUUUGAAGGAAAGUUAUUGUUUUCCACAGUCAUGCACGGGGUAGAAGAGGCGAUGAGGCUUUGUUAAGGAAUAAUUAAGAGGGUGUUUUUGUGUCUUUGUCCUCCUGUAGGGCACCAAAACCCUCACAGGGUUAGAUGUUGUUGUGUAAUGAAGGAUACGGAGCAGUGUGAUGAAAGCAGGAGGCAAGACCGCAGCUGAAGAGCACGCUUCGCAAUGCAAUAGACGUGAAGACGAGAGAAAACAACAAAAUCAAUCUCACGGUCUGGUUCAUUCUUUUUUUGUAAUUCUCUUCAGUUUCAAUGCAGGUGGGACAGGAAAGAAAAGACGUUCUAUUCGUGCCAUCUUGAAAUAAAUGGCCAAAUAGGAUACUGAGCGUUUUGUGUGCCAGUUUGGACCCCAUGUGCUCUUAGUUACUGAAUAGCCAGCAGAGCGUGAAACUUUAAUCAUGCACAAAUACCGGAAGCCUUUUGCAGCGGCACGUGAUUUUGGCAGAAGUGGAUUUAGAGGAAGUGGAUGUGGCAGGUGUCGAGGCAACAGGUUGGUGGCUUCUCUGUUCUGCUGGUUACCUGGCAUGACACAUGAAGUUUUAAAGAACACGGUCAGAUGUAGUAACCCAUGUAAUCUAAAGAAACUGGAAGGUACUUAAGAAGGGUGGAUUUCCCCUGCCAGUAUUAUCCCCAGCCUGUAUACAGUGAGGUGUUGUAUUUAUUUGUCAUAUAAAUUGGAAUAUGUCUUAUAAUUAUUGUACAAUGCUCAAAUAAACUAAAACUACAGGAACAAG